CAAUGUCAAUUAUCAGCUAAAAGUCUCUGGUGUCAGACUGUUCCAUUCUGGACUCGAGCGACAACUCUUCAAUUUGACAUUCCCCCGACGACUCUCUCCUCUUUCUGGACCGUAUCAGAAAUAUCGCUUAUACGAGUGGAGAUAUACAUACAAUAGAGCCAGCCCUUGCCCCCAAGAUAUCCAGCGUCGUUUAUUCUGACAACCCUAUUGCCGGAGAGAGAAAGUGUAUAAUAAGAGUCGAUUUUCCGGAAUCUCGGCCACCACAGUACCUUCUCGCAAGUCACUAACUACCACUACUGCUACUCAUAUAUACAAACAUAUGUAUAUACAAGCAAAUGGGAGUUUCUAUUGAAAAAUGGAUAGCGAUGGCAGCUUUGGCAAUAAUCUCUAUAAUUCUCGGUUUAAUUCCCAACUACAUUUUCAGUACCACCAAAUCUCCCCAUCAUGCAAGCAGCAGCACGUUACAGAAAAUUGUCCUAACGAUUCUUUCCUGCUUUGGAGCUGGCGUUCUCCUUUCCACGGCCGUGCUUCAUGUUCUGCCCGAAGUUAGAGAGAGUUUGCAACACAUCCCAGCAAUUUGGAUGACAUUCGAUGCGGAUUAUCCUGUGGCGGAAAUGUUUCUCCUGUGUGGUUUCGCAUUAAUUUAUCUGGUUGAAGAAAUCGCACACUACAUUCUGGUCGACGGCCAUCAUAACCAUAAUCAUUCAGCCAACUCUGUUGUGAGGCAUAACUCCAUCGCACAUGGGAUUCCGAUUCCGCACACCAGAAACCGGUCCUCACUCUCACUCCCACACGCUGAUGAAGAUUUCGGGCUUUCUCCAGCUAUAAAAAGCAGCACUUGCACUCAUGAUGGAGGGACGGAUAAGAGUGACACUGACGAGGAGGAAUGCCCAGAUGACAAAAUAAACGUGGCAUCCUCCUUCAGAACAUUGAUGGCUUUGAUUGCACUUUCCUUUCACGCCAUAAUGGAGGGAGUUGCUAUUGGCAUUCAGACAAAAAAGGAUGUAUGGGUGAUGUUUUCGGCCGUGGCAUCCCACAAAUUCGUCAUUUCUUUUUGCAUGGGGAUGGAACUAAGCACCACACAGACGAGGAUUUCCACAUACAUUGGAUCCAUUGUGUUUUUUGCCAUCAUAUCACCCAUUGGCAUCAUAAUUGGGUCCAUAAUCUCUUCAAACACGUCAACGAACACACUGCCCGUUGUUAUGGUUCAGGGUCUGGUGUGUGGAACAUUGAUGUACGUCGUAUUUUUUGAGAUUCUCAACCGUGAACGUGAUCGAAAGACUUAUUCCAUGCCACACUCUCGGGCGAUAGGCUUUCUCCAGUUUCUGUCUCUGGUGUCAGGGCUGGUGGCAAUGGGCUGGUUGUCUGCCAUCACUCACGACCAUGAUGGCCAUCACAUUGAGGCGCUUCGGAAACUCAACUCAACAUCACUUGAUCAACGCUCCGGUUUCAUGGCCACUUAAGGAUUGAUGGGUCAUCGUCGCCAGAAUGUCUUGGGGUAUGGAGCGCAGUAAGGAAUGCAAUUUGCGAGGUAAAUAAUUCAUCAGGCGAAUUCCUUACUCUGAAAAUGACAAAGGACGAGGGACAUGGACACAAUGCAAUUUUAUUACAUCCAAUUUGAAGUCAUUUCUAGAAUCUCUACAAUUAGCGUAAUUUGUUAAGCACAAAAUGCUACGCAUAAAACAAACUCGAGUAGCAACACAUUAUGCUUGUGCUUGUAUGCAUCAAAGAUGUAUUGUAUUUCCUUUUCCGUCGAAUUGUACUUUAAAAAAUUAACUUGUAAAUAUUAUUUGUUUACGCACGUAUGAUACGCCUACAAAAUGUGUACCUGAGAUAACUAAGUCUUAGUUAGUAAUUUUGACAAUUUAUAUGAAUAAUAAAUACCAUAAAUACAUA